AUGUUUUAUUCAUGUUUGGAAUUAAAUGUUAUCGAGGAAGAAGUUGGUAGCCGCGCUGCCCUCCUGCCUCUAGCUGCCCUCCUGCCUCAGGCUGCCCUCCUGCCUCUAGCUGCCCUCCUGCCUCAGGCUGCCCUCCUGCCUCUAGCUGCCCUCCUGCCUCAGGCUGCCCUCCUGCCUCUAGCUGCCCUCCUGCCUCAGGCUGCCCUCCUGCCUCUAGCUGCCCUCCUGCCUCAGGCUGCCCUCCUGCCUCUAGCUGCCCUCCUGCCUCUAGCUGCCCUCCUGCCUCAGGCUGCCCUCCUGCCUCUAGCUGCCCUCCUGCCUCAGGCUGCCCUCCUGCCUCUAGCUGCCCUCCUGCCUCUAGCUGCCCUCCUGCCUCUGGCUGCCCUCCUGCCUCUAGCUGCCCUCCUGCCUCUAGCUGCCCUCCUGCCUCAGGCUGCCCUCCUGCCUCUAGCUGCCCUCCUGCCUCAGGCUGCCCUCCUGCCUCUAGCUGCCCUCCUGCCUCAGGCUGCCCUCCUGCCUCAGGCUGCCCUCCUGCCUCUAGCUGCCCUCCUGCCUCAGGCUGCCCUCCUGCCUCUAGCUGCCCUCCUGCCUCAGGCUGCCCUCCUGCCUCUAGCUGCCCUCCUGCCUCAGGCUGCCCUCCUGCCUCUAGCUGCCCUCCUGCCUCAGGCUGCCCUCCUGCCUCUAGCUGCCCUCCUGCCUCAGGCUGCCCUCCUGCCUCAGGCUGCCCUCCUGCCUCUAGCUGCCCUCCUGCCUCAGGCUGCCCUCCUGCCUCUAGCUGCCCUCCUGCCUCAGGCUGCCCUCCUGCCUCUAGCUGCCCUCCUGCCUCAGGCUGGGUUAACACACCGGCCGCGGGAACACAGGUAUCCGGUGGCCGGUUAA